AUGAGUGACCGGUCCAAAGGUCGUCCUCCAGUCUUCAGUAAUGAACCUGGACCCCAGUGUGGAGAAAGAUCCAGAACCAGAGCUGGACUGCAGACAGCCAGUCAGUGCAGCUGUGUACAAAAUCCUGGUCUGCAGGAGGUUUUAGAGGAACAUAAGAUCAGUCUGAGGAGAAGAUGUGAACGUGUGACUGAAGGAAGUGAUGAAACAGGAAGUAGAACCCUCCUGAACAGGAUCUACACUGAGCUCUACAUCACAGAGGGACAGAGUGAAGAGGUUCAUACCCAACAUGAGGUGAGGCAGCUGGAGACAGCUUCCAAGAAGAAGACCCUCCAUGACACUCCAAUCAGGUGCCACGACAUCUUUAAAGCCUUCCCUGACCAACAGAGACCCAUCAGAGUGGUUCUGACCAAUGGCGUCGCUGGUGUUGGAAAAACCUUCUCAGUGCAGAAGUUCACUCUGGACUGGGCAGAGGGCUUGGAGAACCAACAUGUCAGUGUGUUGAUUCUGCUUUCAUUCAGGGAGCUAAACCUGAUCCCAGAUCAGCAGUACAGUCUUCUGGAGCUGCUCCAUGAUUUCCAUCCAACAUUACAGAAGGUCCCAGCAGAGAAGCUCGCUGUCUGUAAACUUCUGUUCAUCUUUGAUGGCCUGGAUGAAAGCAGACUUUCACUGGAUUUCACCAACAGGAAGCUCGUGUCUGAUGUCACACAGAAGUCAUCAGUCAAUGUGCUGCUGACAAACCUCAUCGAGGGGAAUCUGCUUCCCUCGGCUCUCAUCUGGAUAACUUCCCAACCUGCAGCAGCCAAUCAGAUCCCUCCUAAUCAGGUCCACAGGUUCACAGAAGUAAGAGGCUUCACUGAUGCCCAGAAGGAGGAGUACUUCAGGAGGAGAUUCAGUGAUGAACAGCUGCCCAGCAGAAUCAUCUCCCACAUGAAGACAUCCAGGAGCCUCCACAUCAUGUGUAGAAUCCCAGUCUUCUGCUGGAUCACUGCUACAGUUCUGAAGCACAUGUUGACUACAGAGCAGAGAGGAGAGCUGCCCAAGACCCUGACUGACAUGUACUCACACUUCCUGCUGGUUCAGACAAAGUGGAAGAGGAACAAGUACCAUGAGGGACAUGAGACGAGUCCACAGGAGCUGAUGGAGGCUGACAGGAAAGUUCUUCUGAAGCUGGGGAGGCUGGCGUUUGAACAUCUGGAGAAAGGAAACAUCAUGUUUUAUCAAGAAGACCUGGAGCAGUGUGGUCUGGAUGUGACAGAGGCCUCGGUGUACUCAGGAGUUUGUACAGAGAUCUUCAAAAGAGAGUGUGUGAUCUUCCAGAAACCAGUCUACUGCUUUGUUCAUCUGAGCAUUCAGGAGUUUCUGGCUGCAGUCUACAUGUUCCACUGUUUCACCAACAGGAAGACAAAGGUGCUGAAGGACUUCCUGGGGGACGUCUUUAAAGAAAAAAAACACAGUGACUCAAACCCAAAGUAAUUUAAAGAGAAGAUUUUUAGGUUUCUCAGUUUUAGUGAUCAGUGUUUCACAUCUCUGGACAUCUUUCUGAGCAGAGUCAUGGAGAAAUCGGUCAUCAUUUGAUGCCUCAUGUUGUUUUUUUAUGAUAUGUGAUGGAAUAAACGUUCAUAAAGAUGGUGUGAUACACCGUUUUGCGUACGGCUUAAAAGCUAUACUGUA